GCCUUCGGCACGUUUUGUUUGAUUUUUGUGCACCGAUGCCUGAACCGGAAACGGAAAAACAAACGUCACGCUGCUCAUCGGCCAGUAUUUUUUCUGUAAAACAAUAAUACGCAGUGCGAAAUGGUACCCUUCGAGCUGCUGUUAUUAGUAGCGGCGUCAAGCGUGAUCGGAGCUGGAGGAGUGAGACAAAUCUACGCCGUCGAAGGCGAUGUGAACGUCGCCCUCAUCGUCAACUCCUGCAGGAACGUCAGUGACGUGGUUCCCUAUCAGCACCAGACCCUGAUGUCUUCUGCCGUGUGGACGACGGAGCGGGUGAAUUUCUUGGGGAUCUUGGCGCCGCUCAAGCUGGGUAUUGGGGUGUACGAGGCUUGUACUGAGGGGGAUUAUUACAAGACGAUCUUCGAUUUGUACCAGCAGGAUGAGGAGUACCUUUUGGGGGUAAUAAGCGAUACGAAUUUGAACGAAAAAGUGUUGCAGUUUUGUGAAGUGUUGGAGAUCAGGACUGCCGUUACCUAUAGGCAUCAUGAGUACCUCAUGAAGUCUUCGAUUAAAGUUUUGAGUGCCUUGGGAUGGAACGAAAAUGUUACUGUUCUGGCCCCUGAUAAGAACAUUUUGAGGGAGUUUUAUCGAUACUCCAGACGGGAGUAUGUGUGUGUGAAAGACUGCCUGGUUUACGGAAGCAACUGCCCAACGGUACUGAAUAUAACAUACCCCUUCGUUUUUUUCGGCACGAAGGACGACAUACAUGACUUUCUGAAAAAUCAAAAUUUCAUCGACAAUAACGAAGAUGUAGAUGGAUUAUUCGUACCACUAGAGGGGUCUGUACCACCAGAUCUGCCUGAGAAAAGUUACGUCAUACUACCCGUCCAUUCGCCACCGUCCAGCAUCUACAAGAAACCCGAAAAUAUACCACCAACUCCUCUACUUUUCGAAGUCGCUAAGCCCCUUCUUCUCUAUGUAAAAAGCGUAGAAGAAUUCAUUACUAGAAACUGCAACGACACCCUUUACAAAGUGAACUGCCUACGAAACAAAUUCAACAAAAGCUACUAUCCCGCUCUGAUGACGCCAAGUAUCAUCACCGAAACGCUCAAGGUCGAACCACUGAGGGACAACUUUGUGUACGAAGUGUUUAGAGUUGAAAACAAUACCUUGAACUUGACGGAGUUGUUUAAGAGAAACAAUCUAUUCCAACCCUUCACAAAAGCAUUUACCUACAACAUUUUCAAUGACACUUUGACUAGCACGGAUCAAGGUUUCGAAACCAACGUUUCUUUAAGAGAAUAUGGUGAAAAAUGCGUGAACUAUUUCUCAAAAAGGAACUUUAAAAUAGUAUUAGAUAGUGAAAGCGAGUUUUUGCUGAACUUCCGAUCAGAAGCGUGGGUUUUUGCUUUCCUCUCUUUGUCGCUUUUGGGUGUUCUAUUCUGCGUAUCGGUCUUAAUAUUCCUACUGGUUUCGAUUUUCCGUAGAGACAUCCUUGAAGGUAACCCUAUUUUAACUCUAGCCUUACUGUUAGCCGUGAUGCUCUUGUUCUGCUCCGUUCUCCCAUUUAGUUUAGAGUAUAACAAAUUCACAGAACACCACUUGUGUAUUGCGAGAUCCUUAGCUGUAACUCUUAGCUAUGCCACAGUUUUCUCUCUAGUGCUCUCCAGGUGUAUCCUAUUGGCGACAGCCUCGAAAGAAAUUGGUUUCAUGUCACACAUAGCAGGGCCUGUACAGGCGUUCCUCUGCUUGUUCAUCUUCGGAGUCCAAGCAGCUUUGAGUCUUCAGAUCGUAGGACGUUGCCACGAGGUUUUCCGCGGUUACUCUUUCGUAUACUUGAUGAGCUACAACGCUAUGCUUCUGUUGCUUCUCCUGUGUUUGUGUCCUCUGAUUUAUAAAUGCCAGAGGAAUUAUCGGGAAGGAAAGUACUUCACCAUCGCUACUAUUCUGGUUACUUGCGUGUGGUGUGUUUGGUUGCCGUGCUACGCGUUGUUAAAUGAUGACUGGAAAGAGCCCAUUCUGUGCACUGGGUUGGUGUGUACCGCAGGGAUAUUUCUUGGGGCCGUGUUCAUUCCCAGGACGUAUCUUAUGACUAUAGCCGCUGCGAGGGACAAGAUAACUAGCACUUUGCCUUCUCUGACUACCGCCACCAGUGCUAUGGAUAUUUAUAGGUCUAACACACAACCCAUCUACGACUGUGUCAAUGUGGCUGCCAUAAACGCAGUGACGGUUGCCAGGGCCGGAGUAACCACCACGGGGACCCCAAUGCAACAACCAGAUCUGUACUCGUGUCCAGCGCUGCCGGAAGACGAAGAUUUCGACUUCCGUUGCGAGACACCACCUAGCGUGGACAAGGUCACCAGAUUUUAGAGUUUUAGGAAUUUUGACACUGCUCAACGGAAGCAAUCCAUACCUGCAAUACUUAUUAAGUAUUUAAAAAACUAUAUUUCUUAAGAUACGUAGAAAAUCAAGCAUGUGGUGCUAGGGCCAUAUGAAGGGCUAUGCUAGCUUUACGAUAAUUAUUUUUUAAAGUUUUAAAUAAGCCAUUAUUUGUAUUCUAUUACUAUUAUGUAGUCGUAAUGUUGGCAGAUUUAACGAACACAGCGAACGUAGUAACGAACAUAGCUAGCAUAGCGCUGUAUUAGCCCUACCAUAAAUGCUAUAUUUCAGCACAACAAUUGUUUAGUGUGGAUUUGUGUUACUUAAGUAUGUUUUCGAGUGGUGUUAUGUAUCCAUAGUAAAUAUUAUUAAGAAAUUAUUGGCAUCGACAUUACUUGGGUUUUAUAAAGAAGCAGGUGUUGAAAAGAGAACAAACACAAAAUAUAUGAAGGGUUUUCACAUUUCGUCUAUUUGAAACUGCCUAUCUAAAACCUGUUUCUCAUUCACCAAUUUUUUGACCCAAUAAAUUGUUCGCGA